CGUUGCUCACGCAUGGCCUACCAAUAACCAUGAUUAGGUAUUAGGUUUCACGUUUGAGUGACGGGCGACAUCGCUCAAGUCGAGAUGUAACUCUGUGUUGUUUGACUAGCAGAACGGAGAGCGCUUAUCCUCGAUUUGAUUAAUGUUAAGACAUUAGGGGCGGAAGGAUGGAUUAUCAGCGGCUGAACGCAAGCGACCUAAGCCAUCCCAGCGGCGCCGGAGGUACGGCCGCACGCCGCGCCCUUGCCGCUGCCCCUACCACCACCUCCGCCGCUGCUCCCCACAGCCGGCGGGCCGCUUCGAAACGCGGCUCUGAAACGAAUGCCGAAAGUGACAGCGGCAACAACGGCAGCCGCAGCCACCAUAUCGCCUUGGACGGGCUUCCAAGUAAAGCAGCUGCUGCAGCUACAACUACAGCUGCCGGAGUAGAAACCGCUGCUGCUGCAGGCGACAAGGGAAGCACAGGGGAGCUACAGCCGCUGCUUGGAGCCGCGCCUAUGUCGUACGACACAGACAGUGAUGAUAGCGAUGCGGAGUCAGGCGGUGGUGGAGCAGGAGGAGGGUCCGGACGUGCGGGAGUUGAUGGCAGCAACAACCAAGCAGUUGAUACCAAGCAGUUGUUUAGAAAGGUCAGCGUUCGACUGCUGCCCCUCUUCUUUCUGAUGGUCGUCAUGUGCUAUGUGGACCGUACGGCACUCGCCUUCGCAGCCAUACAACUGAACGCGGAUCUUGGUUUCGCACCGGCAGUGUACGGCGUUGGAUCUGGACUGUUCUUCCUGGGGUACUCCUUCUUCCAGAUCCCAAGCAACCUGCUGCUGCGCCGCUUCGGCGGUCCCGCCUGGCUCGCCUUCAUCAUCGCCGCCUGGGGCCUGGCGGCCAGCUGUUUCGCGGGAAUGCGUACGGCAGCGCACUUUUACGGACUGCGGCUGCUGCUGGGAGCCACGGAGGCGGGCGCUUUCCCGGGCAUGUGGUAUGUGCUCACCAACUUCUUCCCUGGAGACAAGAUUACCUUCCCCUUUGCGGUAGUGGAGGCGGGUAUCUCCGUCUCCCACGUGGUGGCUGCCCCGCUAGCCGCCGCCUGCCUCCAACUGGAUGGGGCGGGAGGGCUGGCGGGCUGGAGGUGGCUGUUCCUGCUUGAAGGGCUGCCCACACUGGGGCUGGCGGUUGCCAUGUAUCGGCUGCUGCCUCGCUCCCCGGAUACCGCUGACUUCCUAACGGUAGCGGAACGGAAGGCACUCGUCAAGCGGAUUCAGCGCCAUGCUGAGCGCAGCAGCGGCGGUAGCACCAACGGGACCGCCAACUCGGUCCAGGCAGACGACUCUAGCGCUUGCAAUGCUGGCGGCAGCAGUAGCAAAGCCGUCGGCGGGGAUGCUACUGCCGCAGCUGGAGGAGGGGCUCUUAAAGCACGUCGUGGUGUAGCAGCAGCAGGAGGUUGCAGCGCUAGCAACAGUAGCAGCAGCGGCACGAGUUGUGUUGGGAGUAGCAAGGCUGAUGGCGGCGUUAGCGGCGGCGGCGGCGGUGCAGCGGCGUCAUCUUGGAGUGCCGUACGACUUGCAGUUGCUAACAAGUACGUGUGGUACAUGGGCGCUGUCAAGUUCCUUCGUGACAUUGCCUCCUUUGGUCUCAUCUUCUGGGCACCCACCAUCGUGAACGCUUUGCUUCAUGAUAUGGCGCACCAAUCCAACGCCACCUCCCUCCUUCAUCACGCUCCAGCCAACACAACCCAAACCACGCAACACCCGCGAAACCUCCACCACGACCACCGGCACCUCCUUGCGCAAGUGCAAUCAUCAGAGGGUCACGGCACGGGCGCGGCGGCGGUGCUGCUGACGUCACUGCCCUUCGCCACCGCCGCCCUUGUGGGCAUGCUGCUAGCGCACAGCUCCCAACGCAGCGGAGAGCGUUUUCUGCAUGUAGCGGUGCCGUACAUCCUGGCAGGCGCUGCACUCACCUUGUACGCGGGAGCCGCUGACCGCUCCCCUUGGCUGGGCUUUGCGGCGCUGAGCGUCGGCGUGGUGGGUGUCUACUGCGGCAGUGGCCCCACGCUGGCGCUGCUGGCGGAGCUGGCUGCGGGUCCGGGGCUGGUGGUGGCCCUGCCGCUGUACAACUCCCUGGGCACCCUAGGCGGCUUCCUAGGCCCCUCCCUGGUAGGCUGGCUGGUGCAGCGGGCACAACACGCCGCGGCUGCUGCCGGCGGCAAGAGCGGCGGGGCUGCAGCCAUUCGCGGAGGCGGCUUUGGCGUGUCCGCGGUAGUGCUGGGGUCUGCAUGUUGCCUGGCGGGGUGUCUGAUGCUUGUGCUGGGUGGGUUACUAGGUCGGCUGGGG